AUGGAGAAAGUCAUCAUUGAGUCUUCCGUACUGAAUUCGCUUUUCAAGUGUCCACUUUGUAAUGAAUUCAUACGUCUACCCACGAUCGUUAAUGAGUGUUUUCAUCGAUUUUGUCAGCCGUGUAUAAUGGAUUAUUUCGAAAAAGACAAUCAGAGCAAGUGUCCAAUGUGUCAGAUAAUAAUUGUGAACCCAUUACAGUCGCUCAAACUUGAUCUUACUUAUCAACGGCUAUUGUAUAAAAUCUUUCAACAUAGGAACUUAUCGAAAUCAAUAGAUGUUCAUAUCAAUACGAACGCAUAUGUCAAUUUAGAGUAUUGGGAUAUGUCGUCGGGCGUACUCCUAGACGAAUCAUCUAGGAAAUUAUCAACGUGCUAUUUGGAAUGCUUAAUUCAUACACCCCUAUCAACAAUUCAAAAAUUUCUUCAAACGAAAUAUUCUCUUCCGUCGACAUUCAAAGUUGAUCUUUUCUAUCGAUCAUUUCCGUUAAAUACAGAUGAUGAACGAUUGAUCGACGUCUACUAUUGUUUCAACUUAUCGUAUCAAGAAAAAAUUCCGUCGCUUGAUAUUCGAUAUGUUAUUAGUUCUUGUGGAUAUCAAGCUAUACUUAAACGUAUCUAUCAAUCAAAACAUCCAACACAAUUAGAGGUUGAUGUUCCACCGCCUACCAGUAGCUCUAUGGAUUCAAAACUGAAAGUAAAGUUAUAUCGAUCGCAAAACUCAACGAAUGAUUGGUAUAUACCUCAAUCAACAUCAUUGGUUGCCUUACCGGAUUUAGUCAAUUCAUGUACGAAUCAAUCAAAACUAAAGAAGUCUUCAUGUAAAAUGAAACCACGACGACGUAUACGAUUUAUUCCAACGAUGGUUCGGGUUCCACCAUCAUUCUUCGAUAUAUAUUUGCAUGAGAAAUCAAUCUGUAAAGUUUCUCCAUAUAUUCCUGAACGUUCAUUGACAAUCGAUUCAUUAUCUUCAUUCGAUGAAACUAGUCCGUUAGAUUUAAGUUUAAAACAAAUGAGCAUGUAA